UAUAAAGGAUUUAACCUGCACCAGAGAUAAAUAAUUCAAAUGAUUUUAUGUAUCAGAACAUAAUUUAUAUCUUUACUAUCUCUAUUUGGACCAUUCUAUCUUGUAACACAUAUGUAUAUGUAUGGAUCACUGGGUUCUUUCGUCGUUUCUGCAUCUUGGGCCAUUGAAAAUUACCAGUUUUCAUUUUCGUGGGUAUUUUUGUUGAUAAUUGGGUUGUCUGUAUUAUGGAAGAUCAAGAAUAUUGUGCAAAACAGAAUAUAUCGAGAGGAGAUAAGAAAUCACAGAAAACAAGCAUUGGGACAGCGUGAAACAGCAGAAUGGCUCAACUUUAUUAUAAAUAGAUGGUGGGUGUUUAAUGCUGAUGCUAUUAAAGACGAAGUAAAGAGAAAACUUGACCGCAUAUUAUAUGCGAGUAAACCUUUUUAUUUAGGUAAACUUAAUUUAGAAGUCUUUACUUUUGGUGAUCACACUCCCUCCAUUAAAUAUGCCAGAACCUUCGAAUACGUGAACGAAGUGACAGGAGUCCGAAACCCAGCUACAUGGAGUAAUAUCAAUAAGACACCUGAAGGACUUGGCAAACUGUCAUCAUAUCAAAUUGGCUGUGAGGUAGAUACACAGAAUCUAUUUGACCAGUUCAAGAUGGUUUUUGUCGCUAGAAUAAGAAUGUAA